AUGGCAGAUGGAAUUGCCAUCCAAGAAGGCUUCCUCUGUCCAAUAUGCCACAAGGACAUGAGAUCCCCCCAAAAUUUAUUGUCCCAUUUUCAAGAUUUGCAUUCCGAAGAUCAGGAAUUUCUCAAAUCCCUCAAAGGUAUAUAUGGUAAAGCCAAAAAGAAAAUCCUAAAACUAGACGACCAAGAUUUACAAACGUUCAAAGAACUGACCCGUGAAAAAUACUACCUUGACUCCAGCGAUCCACAAGAUCCUGGACCAUCGCAGUGCCAUACAAAUUAUUUCCGCGAUAUCAGACGUGAACGUUUAGAACACAGAACAACAGAAACAAAUAAAUUAAUCAUUAGACUCGACCGACUAUUGAGAACCUUUGGUUCAGACAGAAAGCAACAGGAGCAAGAAUUAGUUGUCUGGUUAGAUGGUUCUACAGUCACCCGAUGCCCUUCUUGUGCCGCUAGUUUCAACAUCGCUAGAAGACAACAUCAUUGCAGACUUUGCGGCAGUAUUAUGUGCAAUAAUUGUUCAUAUUUCUUACCAUAUGAUAUUGCCCAGACUAUUGUGGCUCCAGUCAAUAGCGUCAACGACAAAGAAUAUUCAGGCAAAGAUUCAGAUACUUUAAGAAUUUGUAAUCAUUGCUUGAACAUGCUGGAAAGCCGCAGGCGAGUUCAAGUAGAUCAAAUGAUCAAACCCACUAUAUGGCAUUUGUAUUCUUUGCUGCAAAAUAACAAAAAGCAAAUUGAAGCAGCUGUGGAACUUUAUAAUAAGAUGUAUAAUUCUCUUACUUCUGGAGAAACAACUUUUUUGUUGCAAGAUGUCCAAACAUUAAGAUCUUCCAUAGCUGAAAAAGCCCAAAUGAUGGAUACACUAAGCAAAAAAAUUGCUUCUGAACCUGUCGACCCUGAGACUCCAAAGGCAGCUUUGCUCCAAAACAACAUCAGGAAAUCCACAUCAAAUUACAUAAAAGACUCUCUUCUAACGUUGCCAACUCCCCCAACAAUGGACGAAAUCGAUAGAAUCAGGCACAAGCUUGCUAUGAGUUUUAAGGACGACGAUUUGCCUGAAACCCUUGAUCGUCGAAGCAUUAGGACUGUUGCCGUGGCCACUGGAUGGUCCCCAGCUCCUGCAAGUGCGUCUAGUAUUGAUAAUGAACAAGAAAAUCCUUUGAUAGAGCAAAUGAGGAUUGUUAAAAAUUAUAUUGAUCAGGCACGGAAAGCUCAAAGAUUUGAGGAAGUGGCUUCUUUGGAAGAGAAUCUAAGGAUGUUGAGGGAAACUUACAGGCAGCAACAAAGGGCCUAG